AUGGACGAGAAAACAUAUACUAACCUGCUUAAGUUAUUUUAUGCAAAUAUUCAUGACUACAAGGAGAAUGAUCUCACCUUUAAGUCAUGGGUUAGGAAGAAAUCCAUCACUGUUUUCCCUAAUCUUAUUGCAAAAGUAUUUAAAAUUCCUAGACUUGUCAUUCAUGAGAAUUCCAUUGUAUUUCCAUAUGCAACUAAGGAGCAGUUUUUUGCCAUGGCGACGGUUAUUGUAGAUCCAAAGGGACAUAUUGCUCAGACUGGUUACGACAGAGCCCAACUGUUACUGGGAAAAGGGAUGUGUAUUGAUCUACUCUUUUACAUAUUCAACUAUAUUGGUGAAACAUCUAAGGAGAAUGAUCUCACCUUUAAGUCAUGGGUUAGGAAGAAAUCCAUCACUGUUUUCCCUAAUCUUAUUGCAAAAGUAUUUAAAAUUCCUAGACUUGUCAUUCAUGAGAAUUCCAUUGUAUUUCCAUAUGCAACUAAGGAGCAGUUUUUUGCCAUGGCGACGGUUAUUGUAGAUCCAAAGGGACAUAUUGCUCAGACUGGUUACGACAGAGCCCAACUGUUACUGGGAAAAGGGAUGUGUAUUGAUCUACUCUUUUACAUAUUCAACUAUAUUGGUGAAACAUCUAAGGCUCAACAUCUAAAGCAGCCAUCAGCGGAGUCUCAAGUUGUGGGUGGUUAG